CCUUCUCAGGGUUAUUCUAAUAGAUUAUUUCUAAGCUCCAAAUCGACAGCACAUCGGCCUAUAUUUUGAAGUUUCACUCAAAGACUUUAGACAGUUUCAGUGUUGGGACGUGGAAAUGACGAGCACGAUGCUGUCGUUGUCACUGAAUUCUGUUGCGGCGAUUCUCCUUGUUCUUCUCGCAGGAUUUCCGGUCAACAACGGCGAUGACACGGACGCAGCAGUAGUGACUACCCCCAGUCCGGACGUUGGCCCAUGGGUGCUGGUCGCCAAUCCGUUAAAACUCGAGCGCAUCACUGAAAUGAUUCCGUACACGAUAAAUCUUACCUUAACUUACUCUGAAAGCGAGGAACCGCCCAAAUAUGUUUCAAAAGAAACUCUAUUCGUCGUGAAAGUAUCCACGACUAAUCCUCUAACAGUGAAAUUAGCUAGCAAAGAAAUUGUCUUUACUUGGGAAGAUGUUACGGAAGGUAACAAUAAGUCCCUCGGCGUCACUGGACAAGUCAUUGGGUAUGUGGAUCUCAAUUUCGUCCUGGAUAUUUUGCCGAAGAAUGGAUCAGUCGCUGUGGAAACCGUCCCUGUUCUCUCCGGCUACUUGGUAACCGUCAUUCGGGAAAGUGAUACUUUGGACAAUGUUUUCACCAUAAUUAUGAUUAUUAUGGCGGUACUCAACACAAUUAACAUGGGAUGUGCCCUUGAUAUGGCCAUUGUGAAACAAAAUAUUCUUCGCCCGGUUGGACCAAUUGUCGGCUUCAUCUCUCAAUUUACUUUCAUGCCACUGUUUGCCUUCGGCAUUGCCAUGCUGAUGAUUAAGGAUCCUUUGAUGGGUUUCGGACUGUUGGUAAUCGGCGUCUGUCCUGGCGGUAUAGCCUCCAAUUUUUGGACGCUGCUUUUAGAUGGUGAUGUUAAUCUUAGCAUUACCAUGACCUUCGUUUCUUCCAUCGCUGCCAUGGGGAUGAUGCCGUUAUGGUUGUGGCUUUUGUCUCCAUUUUUCCUGCCGCCGGGAUCGUCAGUGCAGGUGCCUUUCCUGGACAUGGCAGUGUCGCUAAUAUUGCUAACCGUUCCACUCGGAAUUGGACUUUUGAUUCGUCGAUUUAAGCUUUCUGUUGCCGAAUUUCUCACCGUAAAAAUCAUCAAACCGUUCUCCUUCUUCUUCAUAUUUUUCAUUUUUGGGCUGGGUUUCUACAGCAUGUCCCAUAUCUUCAUUCUCCUGGACUGGACUUUACUGACCGCCGGUCUGGCGGUCACGGUUGCCGGCUUCGUGUUUGGAGCCUUUUUCGCGUGGAUAACGCGACUCGGUCGACCACAAAUUAUCGCUGUGUCAUUAGAGACAGCCAUGCAAAAUGCCAAUAUAGCCUUUGUUCUCCUCAAGACGACUCUUCCAACUCCGUACAGCGACAUUGCUGCCCUACCGGCGAUUGCUCAAAUUUUGAUGACAACUUCAAUCCUGUUCAUCUUUUUCGGCAUCAUCAUGGCAUACAGAUGCGUUAAGAACCGUGGCUGCAAGAAAAAGGAAGAAAAGGUCGAAGAGGAAGAAGAAACCACAAAGUCCUUGAUGCUAAAAGAUUACACUGAUGGCAGCAAUGGAAAUGCCAAAAAAGUCGAAACGCCACCUCCACAAUACUACGGUGGACAAGUUACUCCCGAGUUUUCAUGGGCAAAACGACCAAGUCUCAUUGUGCCUAGUUCGCCAACCAUCGAUCCGAGAAUUAUCGCUUGAUGACACCAUAUAUAUAGCCAAAAAAUAAAUAAAUAAAUAAAUAAUGUUUUGUUAUAGAAAAUGAAGACUUGUCUCGUUGAAAUCUUGCCUUGCGUUACCCAUCUGCCUUUUUAUUUUAUUUUUCUUUAUUACCCGAAUAAAAUUUACCCAUAACAAGUGAGUAACUGUGUAAAACGACAAAAAACAGCCCACGCGCUUGAACAAAAUACACACAAAUUUAAGUCUG